AUGCAGACAUUCAGAGCACAGCAGAUUCUAUUCCGCCCCCCUCUGUUGAUCAGGCAGCCGCAUUCGACGAGUAAAGCGCAUUCAAUCACCUCGCAGCUCAAGUCACAUAUUCAACAUCAAUGCAUCUUUCCGCGCCCACUCGUCCACUGCUUACCUACUACCUUCCGAGGUCAGCUACUUGCACGCGGGGUGGCGAGCAGUGUCUCGGGGCGCCCGGGCUCGCAGACGGCGGGUCAGGCGGCACAGAACAUCAAGGAGGAAGUGGGCAAUUCUACUGCUGAUCUGGCAAAGGCUAUCGCUGGCGGGAACGUCUUCCGAGACGCAGUCGCACCCGCGAAUCAAACCUUCCUUGGAAUCACGAAUGCAGUUGCCUCCGGUGUGCCCACGCCAUAUCUCGUAUUUGGUCUUGCGGGCGGGCUCCCGUAUGUCGGCGCAACGGGCGCGACUAUCUACCUCGCCCGCCAGGCUGGCAUUGCAGCGACAGGUUUAGUGUCCAGCAUCGAUCCCGGCGUCGCGAUCACGGUGCUCGACCAGGCGCUCAACAUUCAGAUGACUUAUGGUGCCGUCAUGCUCUCUUUCCUCGGUGCGCUCCACUGGGGCUUCGAGUUUGCGGGCUAUGGGGGUCACAAAGGAUAUGCCCGCUUGAUGCUUGGCGCAGCACCCAUCGUAUUGGGCUGGUCGACAUUGACGCUCCAGCCGGUGCCUGCGCUCAUCACCCAGUGGAUCGGUUUUACUGGUCUGUGGUGGGCAGAUUUGCAGGCCACUAGCGCAGGAUGGGCCCCUCGAUGGUACUCGCAAUAUCGCUUUUACCUCACCGUCCUCGUCGGGACUUGCAUCAUUAGUUCUCUUGCAGCGACCAGUUAUUGGGGCCCGGUUGGCGGUCAUGGACUAAUUAGCCAUGAUUUGAAUAUGAUUCGCGCUGAGCGCGCGCAGAUACGGCCCGAGGGUGAAGGUUUGGUUGGAGGAAACAUCGAAGCCCAGCCUGCUCCGGAAGACAGUGAUGCAUACGUUGUUAUCCGAAAGAAGAGCAAUGCUAGCGGAGAGGAUAAGCAGCAAUGA